AUGAGAGGGCCGCCACCCCUCCGCCUGACCGUAGGCCUUGCCGCCUUUGUCGCCACCGUAACAGCCGUCAAGGUUCCUCAACCUGUCGGGCCGGGUCACCAGGACAUCAUACAAUGGAGUGCUUGCCCCGGUGACAUCCAGCCAUUCAAAGGUAACAACUUCACCUCGGCUUUGCAAUGUAGCAACUUCUCGGUCCCUUUGAGUCACAACGACCCCAGCGGCCCGCAAGUCCAGCUGGGCAUCGUCAAGUUGCCGGCACAAGGCGAGCGCAUCGGCAACCUGUUUGUGAACCCUGGAGGGCCGGGAGGAGCAGCAUCGAGCAUGGUGCUACGGAUGGCCAGUCAGAAAAUCUAUAUCAGCGAUGCAGUGCGUCAAAAGUUCGACAUCAUCGGGAUGGACCCCCGGGGCGUUGGCCUGAGCACGCCACUGAAAUGCGACACGAAGUUGGUCGACCCGCCCAGGGAGUUCGAGGCCACCACACCGGAAGGAUUCCAGCAGCUGUUCGACUACAACAAGGCUGUCGGAGAGUCCUGCCGCGCCAUGACUGGCCCCGUAUUCGACAACAUGGACACAAUCUCGGUAGCCAAAGACAUGGAAUCCGUGCGCGUUGCGAUGGGAAACGAACCAAUGAACUACUUUGGAGUAUCGUAUGGGACCCAGCUGGGUGCUCAAUAUGCCGCCCUUUUUCCGACCGCAAUACGAGCCAUGGCACUUGACGGGAUGUUGCAGCACACAGGCUCAUAUGCAUCAAACAUCAUGACGCAGGCAACGUCGUUGGACGCGACCAUCCAGGACUUCUUCCGAUUCUGCGAGUCCAACGCCACAAACUGCGGAGACGGGGGCCAGGACAUCAGGAAGACGUGGAGCAAGGCUCUCGAAGUCGCCGCCGCGGGCAACCUCAAGGCCGCCGAAUGUGACGGGACGGGCAAGACCGGGUGCCUUUCCACGGCCACGCCCAACAACGUCAUCGGUGCCGCCCGGUCCACGCUGCAGUUCCCUGAAAGGCGCAAGGAUUUUGCUCUGGAACUCAAAGAUGCGGCGUCCGGCAACGGGUCCUCCUUCGUCCUGAACCUCCUUUCCGGAGACGUCUACGCAGACUCGCGCUUCUUGUCCAUCACGGCCGUGCAGUGCCAGGACGGGCACUUCUUCGCGGCGAAAGACCACAUCGAAGUCCAGCAAGUCGCAGAGAUGACGAGAACAUUCACGACCACGCCGGGGAUGGGCGAGUUCUGGCGCAGGGUCAUCGACUGCACCGGGUAUCCCGUCAACAUCACGAACCCGCGGACGGCCCUGAGCGUCAAAGGCACGCAGAACCCGGUGCUGAUGGUCCAUUCCAGAUUCGACCCCGCAACGAGCUUGGUAUACGCGAUGGGCAUGGUGGAGGAGUUUCAGAACGCGACCUUGCUCCUCAGAGAAGGAUCUGGCCAUACGAGUUAUCUCUUGCGUGGCGAUGCAUCGCGAGCGGUAGACGACUACUUGAUCGACUUGAAAGUCCUACCGCGAGGGACUGUAGUACAGAGCUAG